AUGGCAGAUAACGGUGAGGGCUCGUCACUGAUCCCGCCCCGGUCAGUGCCAAUUUCAACCUCAUCGAUUCGAUCCUCGUCUCCUGCCCCGGACGGUAGACAGGCCUCGAUAGCUCGUCUGGCCUCGCCAGUGCCUUCUGCAUCCUUGGGGACUUCGCUAUCGUCGCGACAAGGUAUCCCUACUGGCCGACCCAUCAGUACCGCCGCCUCCAAUGCCGAACAGAACUUCCGGGCUGUCGACAACAUGGCCUCCCUGCCAGGGCCGGGCCAGUCCAUAAUCGCUUCUCAAUUGCAAGAAAGCCUCGGUCGCUCGCCCCCGAGAUUCGGUACUCCUUCGCGAAUUGCGGGGUCCCCUUCGAUACCCCCCACACUCGACAGUCGACCCGUGGUCUCUCAAUACGGCUCCUUCGACACCAACAACAACUACGGUCCGGACUCAAACGGAGUGGGUGCAUAUGAGGACCCGGAAGUAGUAAGGAGACAUUUGGUACUCCCACAAAACGUCUCAGAAAGUCGAGACACCGGCUCGGAGCUUGGAACAAGCCAUGGCGAUGAUGAAUUCUCCAGUCUGCAGCUGCAGGGUGGUGAUAUCACUCGUCAGGUCUACCGAUGGGCAGAGGAUGCGGAUUCCGCGCGAUUUGCCCGUAGCAAGAGUUUCAGUAUCAGCCGACCCGCCCCUGAGGCCGAGACUGAAGAUAUCCACACAAUUCAAGUGCCAGGUGGGUUCCGGAGAGACUUUCUGCGGAGAACUGCGGGGAGCCCGCACCGAGGAAGUGUGCGUGGGUCGAACACUGGCGCUGCAUCCGUACAACCUCAGCUUCCAACCUCGAGUUUCUUGGAAUUCCUGACACUUUAUGGUCACUUUGCUGGAGAGGAAUUGGAGGAGGAUGAUGAGGUUUUGGGACCUGAUGAGUACUUUUCAUCUGACACCUGGGAUGAGCGCGAUGAAGGCAGAGAGUCUGGCGAGGAUGCAGCGCUGCUUCGAGGAGAUGGUGCUGGUCGCAAGAAGCGGAAGCACAAGCAGCGUGCGCCUCCAGGAAAUACGACCACCACUGGUGCUGUCAUGCUCCUGCUCAAGUCUUUUGUGGGAACGGGAAUUCUGUUCCUACCCCGCGCUUUCUUGAACGGUGGAAUGCUGUUCAGCAGCAUGGUGCUUCUGGGAGUUUCGAUUUUGAGUUAUUACGCCUUCAUUCUGCUGGUCAACACUCGCAUGAGAAUCGAGGGCUCUUUUGGUGAUAUUGGUGGGAUCUUGUUUGGAAAGCACAUGAGACGCAUUAUCCUUGGCUCUAUUGUGCUGAGUCAAUUGGGUUUCGUGUCGGCCUACAUUGUCUUUGUGUCACAGAACCUCCAAGCAUUUGUACUCGCUGUGAGCAAGUGCCAGAGCUUCAUUGACAUUAAGUACCUGGUGCUUCUGCAGUUGGUCUUCUUCCUCCCCCUCUCUCUGAUUCGUGAUAUUGGCAAGCUUGGCUUCACUGCACUCAUUGCCGACGCCUUCAUCCUUCUGGGGUUGCUGUACAUCUACUAUUACGAUGCUCGUACCUUGAUUGGCAAUGGUGGCGUCUCCGAUAUCAAGGCUUUCAACCCGUCGACUUGGUCGAUGUUUAUCGGCACGGCCAUCUUCACCUACGAGGGUGUUGGUCUGAUCAUCCCUAUCCAGGAGUCGAUGAUGCAGCCGCGACGCUUCCCUGGUGUUCUGGCCGGUGUCAUGGUCAUUAUCACUUUGAUCUUCCUGUCUGCAGGUGCUCUGAGUUAUGCAGCCUAUGGAUCUUCUACCAAGACUGUCAUUCUCCUCAACUUGCCCCAGGAUGACAAGUUUGUCAACGUGGUUCAGCUCCUUUACUCGCUCGCCAUCCUGCUUAGCACACCUCUCCAGCUCUUCCCCGCCAUCCGUAUCUUGGAGAACGAGUUAUUCACUCGUAGUGGCAAGUACAAUCCCUACAUCAAGUGGAAGAAGAACUCCUUCCGGUUCUUCCUAGUGGUUGUCUGCGCCUUUGUCGCCUGGGGCGGUGCCGCUGAUCUGGACAAAUUUGUGGCGCUGGUCGGCAGCUUCGCUUGUGUUCCGCUGAUUUACGUAUACCCUCCCCUCCUGCAUCUCCGGGCAUGCGCCCAAUCCAGACGCCAGGCUAUUGCCGAUAUUACUCUCGCGACUCUCGGAGUAAUCUGUUGCAUUUACACUACUGCACUGACUCUCCAAAAUUGGGUUGGACCCAGUGUCCCCGAAAGCCCUGGAUACUGCGAUCCGCAAUAA